AUGUGUGUCUUCCUUGAAAAGUUUCUCUUUAGUAAACGUCUUACAUGUAUUCAAUGGAUCUCAUUAUUUAUUCUCACUUUCGGUUGUAUCAUAAAACAAUUUGAACAUUCAUCAACAUCGACAAUUUUAGUUUCAAAAAAUACAACAGAAACCGAGCCAUUAAUAACAAUUGGGCGAACAAUAGUAUUACCGUCAUUUACAGAUAUUCAUUUCAUAUGGAUGCUGGUACAAGUAUUUUGUUCUUGUUUUGCUGGUGUUUACACUGAAUAUUUGCUCAAAAAUGAUCGAAGUAUACAAGUUGAUAUUAUGCUUCAAAAUACGUUCAUGUAUACGAAUUCAAUUCUAUGUAAUAUUGUUCUUUUGAUACUUUUCGAAGAACAACAACCGUCUAUGACAACUACCAACAAUUUUUUUAAUACUCUUAAAUCGAUUAUUUCUGGGCAACAACUACUUGUUCCACUAAUUAUACUUAAUAAUGCAGCUAUCGGUCUUGUUACAUCACUUUUCCUUAAAUCAAUGAAUUCAAUCUUGAAGACAUUUGCUAGUGCCUUAGAGCUUUUCUUUACAAGUAUUUUGGCAUGGCUUAUUUUUUCCAUACCAAUUAGUGGCAGUACAUGUUUAGCAAUUAUCAUUGUUUCUACUGCUGUUUAUCUUUAUUCAACUAAUCCAGUUGUUAAUUUACCAAAAACUAGUGUAGAAGAAGAAUCAACAGUCAUCGAAACUAUAACGACAAGCAAAAACUGA